CAGGCUGGUCUCAAACUCGCAAUGACCCUCCUGCCUCAGCCUCCAGAGUGCUGGGAUUACAGGCGUGCGCCACUGCUCCCGGUGACAUUGUACUUAGGCUCCGUUUUAAUUCCUGGUAAUAUUUACUGUGUCUUCGUUUGGCUUAGGAACAAACAUUCUCUGGCCUUCUGCUCCUGGUGUUUCUCUCCCGAGGGUCUUGGGGGACCCCGCUCCUCACCACCCUCCCCUUACCCUUGCUCUGGUGCCUCUAUCGGCCCCACAGCUGGCUUUCACAGAGUGACUUCACUCUUUGUGACUUAACCUCUCUGUACCUUGCUUUCCCCUCCUGUACGACAAGGACAGUAAAGGUCCUCUAGAGAGUUAGGGACUCAUCAGCGAAGAUUGGUACCGUGUGGGAAGCCGUGACAACCUGCUGUCGGUGUAGUCACGCGCCGUGCCGUUUGGGCCAAUGACAGGCCGUGCGUAGAGCAGCGGUCCCAUACGGUUACAAAGGAGCUGACCUUUUCCCAUCGCCUAGUGACAUUGUGCCAUUGUACCUUCAGAGCACAACACAUUGCUCGCCUGUUGGUGUGAGCGAAACUGCUCCACUGCUAGCUGUGAAAGCCUAGCUUGCACAGCUAUGGACACUAAGCGUGUAAGAGCCCAUACCAUCUAGGUUUGUGUGGGUCCACUGCGAUGUUCACGCCAUCAUGAAUUGCCUAAGGAUGAAUUUCCUGAAACGUAUCCCUUUGUAAGCGAAGCAUGACCGCACACAUUGCUAUUGUAUUAUUGCUGCAUUAUUGUUCUGACCCAGGGCAGACUCACUGCAGCAGUGCCUCCCAUCCCCGACCCAGCUGUCCAAGCCGCUGGGCGCACCUGCCCGGAUUCCCACUUGGGCUGGGAGAGAAGUGUUCCCAGUCCCAUGUGAUCUGGAUCCCUCCUGGCUGGGGCUGCAGUACCCCCAUUCCCUUCCUUCUGCCUCUUUUCUCUACUGACCCCAGGCCCUGCCACUUUCUCCCGGUGUCAGCAUCGUUCCAAAGUCCAGGAUCCCAGGACACCAGCAGGCAGGCUCCUGAAACGGAGACUGGGUUUGGGGUCGGCCACUGCAGACUGACCCCUGCGUUCCUGGGCCUGGCCCCUGGGAACUGCUGUGGACUGCACUUGGGCCUUGGGCCAGCCGAGUCAGGGGCAUGUUUACUUUGGAAAGAGUGGGACAUCAAGGUUUGUGCAGACUUCGUGCUGUGCAUCAGCAGGGUAACUUCAAACGCCUGCCGGAUUUCUUUAGGAAAGUCCAGCUCCCUGCCCACUCUGCCAUCCUGACUUUAGACACUCUCCAACACAGGCGUGGCCAGCAAGGGCUCCCACAGGAUCUGGGACGCAUGCAGCACACAGGACUCUCGUGUGCGCAGAUGGACACAUGAGCCCAGGCGUGCUGCCACCCCUGGCCCUGCCCCUGCCCCUUACCUUGGAGUUGGGGAGCGAGAGGCCGUGUCCCUGCUUAUCAGCGGCUGCCUAGCUUCCUCCGCCUGGACGGCAGGGGCCUGGGACCUGAGAAUGCGCACGUGGCUUCCUGACCUCAGCUAAUGAGAGGAAAUUCUGUCAUCGGCACAUAGGAAGCUGGGGAUUUCAGGCUGGGGCCGCUCCCUGAGCUGCGCUGCCCAUCUGGCUCCGUCAGGCAGCCCUCUGGCCGCUGGCAGCCUGUGGACCCCGCCGGAGAUGCCUUCUUUGGGCUGCUGGGGCCUGCCCGCGGCCCUUCUCACCCUGCUCUGCUGCUCAGGGCCUGCUGAGAUGACUUUCGAGGUUGACAUAUGGCCAGAGAAGUUGGCGGUCGAGACCGUAGGGUCCAGGAGAGUCAACUGCAGCACCAGCUGUGCCCAGCCUGACUCGGGUGGUCUGGAGACCUUCCUGACGAAGCAGCUGGUAGACCAGCAGCCUCAGUGGCAGCAGUACUUGGUUUCAAAUAUCUCUCAGGACACAGUCCUCAUCUGCUACUUCUCCUGUGCUGGGAUGACACGGUCAAAGAGUCUCAACGUCAGCGUGUACCAGCCUCCAAAGCAGGUCACACUGAAGCUGCAGCCCACGCGGGUGGCCAUGGGCACGGCCUUCACUGCGGAGUGCAGGGUGGCUGCGGUGAAGCCCCUUUCCAGUCUCACCCUCAGCCUGUUCCGUGGCCAAGAGACCCUGCACAACCAGACCUUUGCGGGGGCAGCAGCUGCCGCCCAGGAAGUCACAACCAUAUUCAACAGCACGGCUCAGGAAGGCGGUGGCCCCCUCACCUUUUCCUGCCAGGCUGAGCUGGACCUGCGGUCUCAAGGCGGGGACAUCAUCCGCAGUGUCUCGGAGCCCCAGAUCCUCCAGGUCUAUGAGCCCGUGCAGGACAAGCAGAUGGUCAUCAUCGUCACGGUCGUGUCGGUUCUGCUGUUCCUCUUUGUGACAUCCAUCCUGCUCUGCUUUGUCAUCAGCCAGCAUCAGCGCCACAGGCACAGAGGCUCCUACGGGGUACUGGCUGCCUGGCAGAGGCUACCCCGGGCCUUCCGGAUGCAGUCCGCCUGAGUCACGCGGCCGCCCCUGGAAUCGAGCAUCGCUCCUCAGGGGCGUGAUCCAGCCCAGCUGACAGACUGUGACAGCAGCUCGGCAAUCAGGGACAUUUCCCUUUCUGGCCUGAAUACAAACACCUGGAUUUAA